UUCCUUUUACUCCAAAAAUAUACUUUUAGAUAAUAUACACAUUAUUAUUAUUGUUAAGCAAUCAUAUAUAGUGACAGUGUACACAACUUCUUCACUGUUCUUUUUACUGCUAUUUAAGCCCAAUUCACUCUUCAUUUUGUUUCGGCAAAUUCUUUCUCUGUUCUUUUGGUGUGUUCUGCUGCAUGUAUCAAAGCAAGGGAAACGAUUCGAGUGUCCUGUGAACAAGACAUGGCUACAAGAAGUGAUCAUCAUGCUCUAAUAAUUGGGCUUCUAAUUGGAUUCUGCUUUGUGUUUGAGUGUUCGGCUACUUUGGGGGAUACCAAUGCCUUAUUGGUUGUAGACGCUUCCAAAGGUUCCACAAGGAAGAUACCUGAAACCCUUUUUGGCGUUUUCUUUGAGGAGAUCAACCAUGCUGGUGCAGGCGGGUUGUGGGCAGAGUUAGUAAGCAACAGAGGUUUUGAAGCCGGUGGACGACAUUCUCCUUCACUUAUUGAUCCUUGGUCAAUAAUUGGGGGCGACUCAUUGGUAAGAGUAUCGACAGAACUUUCAUCAUGCUUCAAGCGAAAUCCAGUGGCCCUUCGGAUGGAGGUGCUUUGUGACAAUGAUUGUCCAGUUGGUGGUGUUGGUAUAUAUAACCCUGGCUAUUGGGGAAUGAAUAUUGAAGAAGGGAAGACCUACAAUUUGGUUUUGUAUAUUCGAUCUUCAGGAUCCGUGAACGUGUCAGCAUCAUUGACUGACUCUACUGGUUUGCAAACACUGGCUACUACAAACCUCAUAGUAAGUGAUGUAUCAAACUGGACAAAGGUGGAGGCUAAGUUGGAAGCAAAAGAUAGCAAUAAAAAUGCUAGACUACAGCUGACGACUGACAAAAAGGGAGUUAUAUGGUUCGAUCAAGUUUCAUUAAUGCCCACCGAUACAUACAAGGGUCAUGGCUUCAGAAAAGAUCUAUUUAAGAAGGUUGCAGAUAUGAAGCCAGGAUUUAUCAGAUUUCCAGGCGGAUGCUUUGUUGAAGGAGAAUUUCUAAGGAAUGCGUUCCGCUGGAAGGAAACUGUUGGACCAUGGGAGGAGAGACCGGGUCAUUAUGGUGACGUAUGGUUUUACUGGACUGACGAUGCCCUUGGCCACUAUGAGUUUUUCCUGUUGGCUGAAGAUCUAGGUGCCUCACCAAUAUGGGUUUUCAACAACGGAAUCAGUCAUCAGGAGUCCGUUGAUCCUUCUGUCAUCAUGCCUUUUGUGCAAGAAGCUCUUGAUGGCAUUGAAUUUGCAAGAGGUGAUCCCAAUUCAACAUGGGGAGCUGUUCGAGCUGCUAUGGGUCACCCAGAGCCGUUCGAGUUGAAAUAUGUUGCUAUAGGGAAUGAGGACUGUGGCAAGAGGUUCUAUCGUGAGAAUUACCUUAAGUUUUAUGACGCAAUAAGAAAAGCUUAUCCAGACAUCAAAAUGAUUUCGAACUGCGAUGGAUCAAGAGUACCAUUGGAUCACCCAGCAGAUAUGUACGAUUAUCAUAUUUAUACCGGCGCUAACGAUUUAUUUUCUAAAGUAAACGCUUUCGAUCGUACAUCACGUGUUGGUCCAAAGGCUUUUGUGAGUGAGUAUGCUGUCACUGGAACGGAUGCUGGUUUAGGAAGUCUUCUAGCAUCACUUGCAGAAGCUGGAUUCCUUAUUGGCUUAGAAAAGAACAGCGAUAUUGUUGAAAUGGCAAGUUAUGCACCUUUGUUUGUGAAUACCAAUGACAAACGGUGGCAGCCAGAUGCAAUAGUUUUUGAUUCUGCGCAAUCAUAUGGGACUCCAAGUUAUUGGAUGCAACACUUUUUCAAAUACUCGAACGGUGCCACUCUUCUUAAUUCAACACUCCAAACAAAUUCGUCAAACUCACUUGCAGCUUCGGCCAUUGUGUUCCAAGACCCUGACGAUAAGAAAAGCUACUUAAGAGUAAAGGUUGUAAACUUCGGAAGCAACACAGUUAAUCUGAAGAUAUUGAUUAAUGGGUUGGAUCCUAACUCACUAGGCAGUUCUGGAUCUAAAACUAUUCUCACCUCUACAAAUGUGAAGGAUGAAAACUCAUUUGCUAAUCCUGAAAAGAUUAUACCUGUCACAAGCGUGCUUGAGAAAGCUGGAAAUGCUAUGGAUGUUGAUCUCCUUCCACAUUCUUUAACUUGCUUUGAUGUAUUAACAAAAUCAGAUAUCAUGCAGAUCACAACUACUGAUGUUAAGUCCCCUAUAUCAGCAAUCUAAAAAUGUAAUUGUAUCUAAAUUAAUAGUGGUGCCAAGCCUACCCAGAAAUGAAAGUUCAUUUAUCUAUUUAUUGAUUAUAUUUCAUUCA